AUGAACUCCCAUCCUUAUUUUGAUCCGGCCAUGAUGCCCGGCCUGAGCGGCACCCCCGGGAGAACAGAGGACAAUUUCGACAUCUUCGAAUGGUAUCCGUGCUAUCAGAGCUGCCAACGCUACUUUUUGGACCAUGCCCAGCACAGCGUACCUGUCCAGGCGCUAUCCGCAUUUUUGAACAUUCAACUCCCCUUCCAGCGACAACCCAACCCCGUUUUAAAUUCGAAUCCGUCCGGGUCACAACAUCCGAGCCCGCCCGCAACUUCGUUAACUCCGUACAUUCGCCGUCUAGUCGCCACGGGGAUGGAUUUCCCUGGAGUGCUGCAUGGAUUCUUCGGCGAUGACUGGAGUAGUGGGGUCGGAUCUUUGCACGAGCAGGAGCGCCGCAACUAUCUAUUCGCGGCGAAGAGUGGAGGCUGGGCGUCCGUGAAGAAGGACUACGACAUGUCACCAUUGGAGACGAUUCCAUUUCUGCGCCCGCUACAAGGACCCUUGGACGCCGAGAUUGAGGCCGCCGAGCGCAGUUGGAGCGAAUGGCUCGCUAUGGAAGACUGGAUGGUUGGACCGCGUGCUCCAGACAUUCUCCAUGACUCGUCUUCUCAGAACUCGCGACCACGAAGUGCACGUGGCUAA